GAGCUGGAUGCGACGAAGGGCGAGCUCAGCACGGUGAAGAGCGAGGCCGCGACCACCGCCGAUGCUCUGGCCGCCACCAAAGCCGAGUUGGCCAGUUCCCAGGAGCAAGCAACUGCCCUGUCAGCGAGCGUCGCCGAGAAGGAGGCGCAGAUUACCUCUCUGCAGUCCGAGCUUGCCAAGGCCCAGGAGGAGCACGAGGGCACCAAAGCUGGCCUGGAGAGCAGCAAGAAGGAUGCCGAGACUGCCCAUGCCGAGAAACAUGCAUCAAAGCAGGAGAUGGAAGCCGUGAAGGCUGAGCACGAGGCGGCCAAGGAGGAGUUGGCAAAGCACAAGGCAGAGCUGUCUGAAGCCAAGGCUGCGGCUCUGGAUGCCUCUCAAGUGCUCGAGUCCAUCCGUUCUCAGGCCGGCAGCGAGCUUGCUGAAACCAAGAAGACCAUCGAGGAGUUGCAAGACGUUGUCAAGAUGCACGAGGCCACCAUCGGCCUGAAGGAUGAAGAAAUCGAGGCCGAAAAGUCUCGUGCAAACCUGGCGGAAACCAUUUCGCAGACUCGUCAAGGUGAGGUGGAGAUGGCUCAGAAGCUGGCAGAGAAAGCCAAGGCUGCGUUGCAAAGCGUGCGCCAAGAGCUCACGGCCGAAUGCUCCGCGGCUAAGGCCCAGGUCGAG